AUGUGUCACGAGCCGAACGUGCCGAAGAAACCGUCACGCUCUCAUCGGAUAACCAUCGGCGUCCCGGAGGUCGUGAGCAGCAGUUUCCUGACUCCCAGCGUGUCUAUAAUGGACAAGAGUAUUCAGCCCCAGGCCGCUCUUGUAUACGCUCUCUCCGCGUGCGUCAGAGCCUGUGUGGUCCGAGUCGGUGCGGAGGGGGUGAUGGCGAGGCCACUGGACUGGAGAGGACCACCUGAGAGUUGUUUUUGGGCAUUAGUGCAGACCCCUGGCCCCUCCUCCGCCUCCCUUUCUCCCUCUACCACUGAAAUAUGA